UGGCAUGACCGUGCGCAAGUACAUGUCGACGCAAUAUCAGCGCCGCGUAUCUUGGUUACCCCGCCACACUCAAAAGCCUUCCUUGCCCAGAGCUCUUAUUACCAACUCUUCUCCACGAAAUACUACCCAUCACCUUCACCUUUCGAUCAACCUGGCUUCGCACCUCAUCCGUCGCACAUUUACGUUCACUGCUAUCAGAAUGGGCGUCAAAAAGACCGUCAUCAAGGAGGGCUCCGGCGCUUCGCCGAACAAGGGCGACACCGUCACCAUGCUAUACACCGGCUGGCUACGCACACCAGGCCAGCCUGAGGAGAAGGGCAAGGAGUUUGAUAGCACACAGAAGCCGGGUCGUGGACCGUUCCAGACACCGAUUGGUGUUAGCCGGGUCAUCAAGGGUUGGGACGAGGGCGUUCCGACUAUGAAGGUUGGCGAGAAAGCGAGACUUGAUAUCUCGUCUGAUUAUGCGUAUGGUUCGCAGGAAUUCCCUGGCCUCAUUCCUCCUCACUCUGAUCUCAUCUUUGAGGUCGAGCUCGUCAAGAUCAACUAAGCACAACCCAAUCAUCGUUAGAUAGUCCUGUAAAGGCUGAAGAUAACUGGGCACCGCGAAAUACCGUAAUGCAAGGAGAAUCGUAGAAUAAAAAGAAAUUAAUCCCAUAGCCCGCUGUGAUUUUAUUGGCCCAAACAAGUUCUAACUGUAUGCAUGCGUUCCCAUCCUCUGCAACCAUGGGUUCUUUCCUUAAUGCAUGAAGGUGCAAUCGUCUCAAACUCAGAUUCAGCAGCUCCUGGUCGCAUAACCUCGGUAUAAUAAAUCGUA